UCAGAGUUCAGAGCGCUACCACCUGCCCAGGUGCUGCAGUCGAUGGAACAGGCUCUGGGUGACAGAGUGUGACCAGGGUAAAGCGAGCUACACCAGGGGCCGGGAAGAGCUGCGCUGCGGAGAGUUGGACUGCGGAGCCGCUGUGCUGGGAAGAUCGUUGGAUAACCAUGUCCCAGAACAGAAUCCCUGGAAGUUCAGGAUAUGCUUUAAUUGGUGAUAAAUCACUCGAUUUCUACAAGGAUCCUGUGCAUUUCUGCAAUAGCCGAAUUCAUAGCUUUGGAAGCAGAAUUUUCCAAGCACGUCUCCUGAACAAGCCAACAAUAUUUGUGUGUUCCGUGAAAGGGAUGAAAGAAAUGCUAUGUGCUAAGAUAUCUGUAUUUGAAAAGGAUCCUUCAACAAUUAUGCAUGACUUAUAUGGUGAUAACCUAGUCACAACAAAUGAAAAGGUCAAUUACUUUGAAGCAUCCUACACUUCUUCUAUGUGUAAGCUGUUUGGAGAUGUCAUCUGCUUCACUCAUGGCGAAGAGGCGCAGUUAUUGCGGUUGUCACUAAUGCAGUUGUUCAACAGCAAAGCUCUUGAAAUCCAUAGAGAUUAUAUUAACAGAGUAUGUACGAGGAAUUUGAAGGACCUUGAACAAUGCAGAGAGCCUGUUGCGAUUUACGGAAUGUUCAAACGACUGGCUACGGAACUUGCACUAGGAAUUUUUCUAAACGUUGAUGCAGAGGAAUCCGCAGCAUUCUUCAAACAGAUUACAGAGCUUUCAACACAGCACUGGCAUGGACUGAUCUCUGCUCCUGUGAAUGUGAAAGUGUCAGCAUGGUCGUCAGGAUUUUCUCAGGCUCUUGAAGCGAAAGAAAAGCUCCUUAAUAUCAUCAAUGACCGUCUCAGGAGUGAGGAUAAAGGCUUCAUUUCCAAAAUAAAGGACGUACCAUUCCCAGAAACCUCCAGUGCAGCACAGCAUCUCCUCCUCUUUAUUUCAGCACUAAUUCCCAAGGCACUUGCGUCACUGUUGACUUCCUUUACAAUUGAACUCGCUGGAUCAAACAAGGCUCAUGUUCGUAAAUGUGCACAAGAAGAUGAAACUUUCUUGGACCAUGCACUACUAGAAGUAGAAAGACUUUGGCCAUCCUUUAUUGGUGGACGAAGAGUUGCAAAGCAGGACACCACACUUAGUGGCUACACUGUUCCAAAAGGGACCCAAGUAAUGUUCGUAGCUUUUGCUGUCCACAGAGAUCCUGAAGUCUUUACUGAUCCUGAUGAGUUCCAACCAGAGAGAUGGUCUGGAAGAAAUGCUGGCCAAGAAACACUGCUAUGCUGCUUUGGAAAUGGUUCUAGAAACUGCAUUGGUAUUGACUUGAACAACAUGAUACUGAAGACAGCUGUCGGAUACUUGCUAAAUAAUUACUACUGGGAAAUGGAUCCUCCGACUCAAUCACUGCAUUACAAAUGGCUCCCUGUCACCCGGCCCUGCGAAGACCUCAAAAUGAAGUUCACACUGUGUUCCUGUAAAAGUCAGUGCUCUUCCUCAACUCCUGAAUGUUCAGCACAUCAAAGAUCUGUGUGAUCAUUGCACUCCAGCAGUCAACCAUUGACAAGAGAUGAAUCUGAGUUGUACUUCAGGGAGAUUUUUUUUAUCAUUGUUCUCAAAUUGUCUAAAUCUGUGUAACACUUUUCUUCAAAACUGUUGAAAGAAAGACUAAGGAAUUUAACCACUGUCUUAAAGAUAUUUUCACAGUAAACUUAAUAUAACAGUUUUGUAGCACUUAAUUUCAAUGUAAAUUGUGAAUGAUUCAAAGCACUUGAUUUUUUAAGCUUUGUUUAUCAUUGCAAAGCUGAACAUAUAUCUGUGUGCAUUUUACCAACUAUCAGAUGAAACUUAAAAGUAAAUCCUCUGUGGAAUACAGAGUAUUUUGGAUUAGAUUGUACACUGGUUUUUAAAGAUCCAGGUGCACUGGAACUGUUGAAUUCAAUAAACCUUCCACUU